AUGGCACGCGUCAAGCAAGUCCCCGUCAAGCGCGCAUCGUCCUCCGAGUACUUUAGCAAGCAGACACUGGCCUGGCAAGACGGCACGACCAAGCCCGAGUCCAUGCCCAUGCCCAUGCCCAUGCCCGGGCAGGGCCGGCCCGACGCCGGGCUGGUGCAGCUCGUCAUUGCCGUCGCGGGCAUCUACGCUUCCUUCCUGACCUGGGCGUACCUGCAGGAGAAGCUGACGACGACGCCGCACGGGACGCCCGACGCGCCGGAGCGGUGGCACUUCCCCGUCUUCCUCAACACGGUCCAGUCCGUCUUCGCCGCCUCGGUCGGCUGCGUCUACCUGGUCGCCUCGACGCCCCGCGGGUCGCCCGUGCCGCCCGUCAUCCCCUCGCGCGGAAUCCUCGCGCCCCUGGCCCUCGUGGCCCUGACCAACAGCCUGGCCAGCCCGUUCGGCUACGCCAGCCUGGCCCACAUCGACUACAUCACCUUUCUGCUCGCAAAGAGCUGCAAGCUGCUGCCCGUCAUGCUGCUCCACGUCACCGUCUUUCGCAGGCGCUACCCCCUGCACAAGUACCUCGUCGUGGCCGCCGUCACCGCCGGCGUCGCCCUCUUCACCCUGCACUCGGGCAAGCGGCCCAGCCACGGCGGCGGCGACAAGUCGUCGUCAGCGUCCGGCAGCGGCAGCAGCAGCAGCAGCAGCAGCGUGGCCUGGGGCAUGCUCCUCCUCGCCUUCAACCUGCUCUUCGACGGCCUGACCAACAGCACCCAGGACCACAUCUUCCGCGCCUUCCGGCCCUACGGCGGCCCGCAGAUGAUGUGCGCCAACAACCUCAUGAGCACCCUCGUCACGGGGCUGUACCUCGUCGCCAGCCCCUACCUCGUCGCCACCGGCCUCGGCGACUGGCUCGGCAUGGACGUGGCCGCCGGCGGCAGCGCGGGCGAGCUGGCCGCCGCCCUGGCCUUUAUGCGCCGCCACCCGGCCGUAUGGAAGGACGUUCUCGGCUUUGCCGCCUGCGGAGCCGUCGGCCAGGUCUUUAUCUUCUACACCCUCUCCACCUUCUCGUCGGUCCUGCUCGUCACCGUCAACGUCACCCGCAAAAUGUUCACCAUGAUCCUGUCCGUCCUCGCCUUCGGCCACCGCCUGUCCCACAUGCAGUGGCUCGGCGUCGGCCUCGUCUUUGGCGGCAUCGGCGUCGAGGCUGCCGUGGCUCGGAGGGAAAAGGUGGCCAGGGAGGCCGCCAGGGACGGCGUCAAGAAGGAUUCGUGA